AUGUCAGCGAGCAUGGAGACCCGUCUCGUGUCUCUCGCCACGCGUUAUACCGCCAUCGAGCAGGGCAUCGAGGAGCUGCGACUGAUGAUGCAGCCUGCCGCGAAGGCGACAGCCAAUGUUGCUGCUGCUGCUGCUGCAGUGGCGACGCGGCACCGGGACCCUUGCGACUUGAAGGAGCUGCAGCCAUGCAAACAGGACACGUCCGAGGUUGCCGCGCUGCGGCAUUGGUGUUUGGCACACCGACUCUACAGUGCCGUCUUCCGCUGGGUGCCAUCUGACUACUACUCACACUCACUGCAGUGGCGGCGUGACAUUCUGGAGGCGCCUUCUAUUCAGCAUCUCUGCAAGUCGAUUGUGCUUGAGAACACGCACUGCAUUCACUCCGACUGCAGCCACCGCGAGAACUCCCGCUACUACAUUAUUGUAUACCCGUACACCGAGAAGUUUGACGCGGAGUUUGUCAUGCGGUGUGUGAAGGACAUGAACGAGGGACUUGGCAAGAAGAAGUUUAACUUCCGCCUUGCCGACCCGGCUGUGGCAUUGCAGUUGACCGGAUUUGGCCACGGCGCGGUGGCUCCGUUCGGCACCACCACGCGCAUCCCCGUCAUCAUGAGCCACCGCAUUGCGCAGCUAACGCCGCCGGUGUUUUGGAUGGGCGGUGGGCACGUGGACUGCAAGGUCCGCGUUGACGUGGCGGAAUUCGUGGAGAUUAUCGAGCCCAUCGUCGCCACCGUCACCACGCCGCUGUCUGCCGAAGACUUGGAGCACCUGGUCGACUAG